AUACAGAUGUCUAGAAGGCUUUGACUCUGCUCACAGAGUACCCUACAUCUUCACCUCGGCCACCUCUUGAUUCUGGCCUUUGUAUGGCACCAAGGUGUUUGUUCAGGGGCAGCAUCUCCUGCCCCUUUCCUGCCUUGACCUUGCCCAUUCACAGUGACCCACCUCUGCAUCUCAUGGUUCUGGCUACUGAUAAACCACUUAAUUUUUUAUGUAUGGUAUCAUUACUUUUUCUUGAUAAAGCACCUUUUUUUUUGGCCAUGCCCCACAGCUUGAGAGAUUUCAGUUCUCCAACCAGGGAUCGAACCCGAGCCACAGCAGUGAAAGCCGGAAUCCUAACAACCAGGCCACCAGGGAACUCUCUGAUAAAGCACUUUUUAAUAUACUCAGUUCUGCCUGACUUCUGCAUGUUGUCAUCUCGUGUACGCCUGGUCGCCACAACAGCCCGCCUGGUCCAUUCCCAGAUCUACAGCUCUUCCCGUUCCUUCAUGGAUCUGAAGGCUCUCCUUUGCUCCCUGAACGACUUUGCAUCCCUCUCAUUUGCUGAGAGCUGGGACAAUGUUGGAUUACUGGUGGAACCGAGCCCACCACACACUGUAAACACGCUCUUCCUGACCAAUGACUUGACAGAGGAAGUGAUGGAGGAGGCGCUGCAGAAGAAGGCGGAUCUCAUCCUCUCCUACCACCCGCCUAUUUUCCGACCCAUGAAGCGCAUCACCUGGAAGACAUGGAAGGAGCGCCUGGUAAUCCGGGCACUGGAGAACAGAGUUGGGAUCUACUCUCCUCACACCGCCUAUGACGCUGCUCCUCAGGGAGUCAACAGCUGGUUGGCUAAAGGGCUUGGUGUUUGCACCUCCAGGCCCAUCCAUCCUUCCAAAGCUCCUGAUUACCCCACAGAGGGAACUCACAGAGUAGAAUUCAGUGUUACCCAUACCCAAGACCUGGACAAAGUCGUUUCCUCACUGAAAGAAAUUGCGGGUGUAUCUGUUACUUCUUUUUCUGCUAGGGCUGAUGAUGAAGAACAAACACGGCUCAGUCUGAAUUGUACUCAGCAAGCUUUGAUGCAGGUGGUGGCUUUUCUUUCCCAGAAUAGGCAGUUUUAUCAGAAGACUGAAAUUCUGUCACUCGAGAAGCCUCUCCUUCUCUAUACUGGGAUGGGACGGUUAUGCACACUGGAUGAGUCUGUCUCCUUGGAAACCAUGAUUGAGCGAAUCAAAAGUCACCUAAAACUAUCUCAUGUUCGCCUUGCUCUUGGAAUAGGGAAGACCUUAGAGUCCCCAGUCAAAGUCGUGGCUCUGUGCGCUGGUUCUGGGAGCAGCGUCCUGCAGGGGACAGAUGCCGACCUUUAUCUCACAGGUGAGAUGUCACACCAUGAUGUUCUGGAUGCUGCUUCCCAAGGAAUAAGUGUCAUCCUCUGUGAACACAGCAACACUGAACGAGGCUUUCUUUCUGAUCUUCGAGAUAUGCUGCAUGCUCACUUGGAGAAUAAGAUUAAUAUUAUCCUGUCAGAAACAGACAGGGACCCUCUUCAUGUGAUAUAAGGCCUGCAGGAACAGCCAGAUAACACAAUACAGAAAGCAGGUGGCUCCCAGUGUGAAUCCAUAACAUGAAUCAGUGGGGUUGGUAUCCUUCCGAAAGAAUCUUAGAAGGUACAUUAGCAUUUCUGGUUUCUCAGUCUGCUUCUCCAGAUGUUCUGUAGCUCAGAAGGUAAAAACUAUAAUGUAAUUACCAUUGAAGAAUAAAUGUUAUAAAGGACAAAUUAAAGAAUAUACUGUGGAAUAUAAAUUCAUUAUAAACUCUAGGAAAUAUGGAGUAAACCUGUUUAUUUAACAUUCUUGGGAAAUAGCUCAAGUAAUCAUCUCUUUCACUCAGUUAUAGAUGGGAUGUGUCAUUCUAGAUCUCUCUGUCCUUAGUUAUUUUAAAAAUAUACCUUUUCAGAAAAGUAUGUCUAUAUAUGUAUACUUUAAAAACUUGCUAUUAGCUCACCUAUAUCUAGGUAGUAACCUUUGGAGGGUGGUAUAGGUCUGUCUUUCUGUUCCUGUUCCUAGAUCACUGAUCUCCCACCUCAAUUUCAGAAUCAGGAUGAGAUUUUGUUUUUUGGCCUUGAGCAAACUACUUAACCUUUGUCUCAGUUUUCUCAUCCCAUGCGGCAUGUGGGAUCUUAGUUCCUCGACCAGGGAUCACACUAGUGCCUCCUACAGUGCAAGUAUGAAGUCUUAACCACUGGACCUCCAUGGAUGUCCCUCAGGAUGAGUUCUGCUUUUUGUUGUAAAUAUACAUGAUCAUUAUUCAUGUUCAGUUCAGUUCAGUCGCUUAGUCCUGUCCGACUCCUUGUGACCCCAUGGACUGCAGCACACCAGGCCUCCCUGUCCAUCACCAACUCCUGCAGUUUACUCAAACUCAUGUCCAUUGAGUUGGUGAUGCCAUCCAACCAUCUCAUCCUCUGUCGUCCCCUUCUCUUCCUGCCCUCAAUCUUUCCCAGCAUCAGGGUCUUUUCAAAUGAGUCAGUUCUUUGCAUCAGGUGGCCAAAGUAUUGGAGUUUCAGUUUCAGCAUCAGUCCUUCCAAUGAAUAUUCAGGAUUAUUCAUGUAACUGUUGCUUUUUAGGUAACUCACCAUUUCAUUAAAGAUUUUUAACUUUAAAAAUAAUGCUGGUGAAUACGUGUACAGUGUUAGUUUUGUGCCAGGCACUAUACUAUGUGUUCUAUAAACACUUUCAAUCCCUUAUAUGCAAGUAUAUAGGUAUUGUUACAACCAUUUUAACAGAUGAGGCAACUGAGACAGGGGUUAUGUAGCUUGCCCAAGGCCAUGUAGCUUGGAAGUGAUGGAGUUAGGAUAUAAACUCAGUCUGGCUCCAGAGCCUAUGUGCUUAUUAAUUGCAGUGGAUCUUAAUCAAAUAUGUUGAUGGCAGGACUGAUAUAAGAGGUAUGGAAGAAAUCCUGAAGGGAAAAUAAAUCCAUCUUAACUGUGAUCUUCUCUGGGUGGUAUGAUGAGAGGCUUUUCUUUUUAAUGCUUUUAUAUUUAUUUCCAAUUUCUACAACUGAGCAUGUUACUAUGGUAAUGGCAAAAGCAAUCUUUAAAUACUAUUGUCUAAAAAUGAGAAAGCAUAGAAUUUAAUAUUUGUAGGAUCCUUUUCGUACCCACAGAAAAGGCAAUGGCACCCCACUCCAGUACUCUUGCCUGGGAAAUCCCAUGGACAGAGGAGCCUGGCAGGCUGCAGUCCAUGAGGUUGCUAAGAGUCGGACACGACUGAGCGACUUCACUCCACUUUUCCUACCCAUCUUCUGUCUCCUGGAGGAUCUGGGAUCCUAACUUAAAAAUUAUUCUUAAUUUUUAAGAAUACAGUGGUUCACCUGUAAUAUUGAUUCACUACAGAAAUAGCCAACAGGAGUGAGCCUUAUAAAAUGCUCCCCAUUAAAAGUUGGAGGAGCCACCAGGAAAGGUGAGAGAACAGCUAAGUGUCAGAAGCCAAGAACUAGAAAGCUAUGAGAUGGUCAAAUUUGUCAAAGCAGAGAGAAUGAGAUAGCAGCUUUGAGAGACUAUCUUAAUGGUACUGGCUUUAUUCAUUCACUCAUUGGUUGCUUUCUGUGUGCUGGACCCAUAGAGAUGUGGAGAGGAUACGACAGAAUUUGGUUAA